UUUUUUAUAAAACUUUUUAUAACUAGCUAUAAAAUAAUCACAAUUUUUCCGACAAUGAAUACAUUCUUUGUCUCACUAUUGUUGACCGGUUUGGUAGUCGCUAUUGACUGUAAGCGAGAGGCUAAGUUUGCCCCGUACAUCUAUGUACCACGUUCAAAUGAGUUCAAACUGACCCACAUGAAACAGCAGUUGGGUGUGAGUGCCUUUUCACUGGCAUUCGCAUUGGGAGGCUCUGGUGGUUGCACUCCCAUGUGGGACGGGGACAUACCUAUAGAUGAGGCCAAUAUUGUCAAAGAGAUUAAGGCGUUCAGAGCGGCCGGCGGUUCGCUACUUGUGUCGACCGGAGGCGCCGCCGGGAACUACUUGGAGAACGCCUGCCGUUCCGUCAAUGAACUCAAGAACGCCUAUAAGAAAGUACUUUCAGUUACCGGAGCGUCGGGUCUGGACAUUGACAUCGAGGCCGUCAUUCCUACCGAUACUGUGAUGCAAGCCUUGGCUGAGUUGCAGAAAGAGAUCCCAUCCCUCACUGUUAGCUUCACUCUUGAGGUGCAAGGUGACGACUACGGCCUGACCGACGCCCUGGGAGUGGACGUCCUAAAGAAUGCGGUCAAACACGGCGUGAACGUGGAUAUCGUGAACCCAAUGGCAAUGGACUUCGGCGCGAGUGGUGGCCGUUCGUGGGGCGACGCCGUCAUACAUACCGGUGACUCAGUAGUGAAGCAAAUGAAGAAAAUAUGGCCACAAAAGUCAGAGUCGGAGCUCUACGGUAUGCUUGGAGUGACCCCCAUGUUGGGCGUCAACGACAAUGGGGUGGUGUUCACUCUGGCACAUGCACAACAACUGGUCAACUGGGCCAACCAGAAACAGAUCGGUCACCUCGGUUUCUGGGAUAUUAACCGCGAUAAACAGUGUUCAGAUGAUAGCCAGGUCGGCGCCAGUCCCUCGUGCUCAGGUAUCCAACAGCAACCAUACGCUUUCACCAAGAUCUUUAUGGGAUUUAAAUAAAAUUUAUUUAAUGCUAUGAUUGUAUAUUGUAAUACUCCCCCCAAUGUUCCCAAUACUCCCCCAUAAUAUUCCCAUUUGUUAUAAACCACUGUAAACCCCUCCCACACCCAAAC